GCGGGGGCAGGUCUGCAUUGCUGCUUCCCCUGGUACCCGGAGCAGUCGCCGCUGCCGCCAGCCCCGAGGCUGGGACCCCCGCCCUCACCAGGACGCCCCUGCCCGGGCUACCCAGCCCAGAUUUCCAGUGGCUCCUGGAAGAGAAGUAGGAGGGCUUUCCUGAGUUACUCUGGCUCCCCAGCUUGGCUCACCCAGCCUGGCUCCCCUCCCCUUCCCAUCCCCCUGCUCCCCAUCUCCUUUCCUCAAGCACCCAGCUGAACCAGCUGCAGACCAGAGCUCCUCCCCUUACUUUCCUCUUGGAUACCCACCAGCCAGGUUCUAUUUUGUCCUAUUCUGUGCCCAGAGAGACUUGAACUCACUUCAUCUAAGUAAUAGGGGGGAAAGAAUCCUUCUGACAACACAAAUUCUUGAGCAAACCCUAACCCUGAAUAAGGAGCUGGAAGUGGGGGAGAUUCAGUGAAGUGUUUCCCAGCCCCAUCAUGGAAGAGGGCUUCAGAGACCGGGCAGCUUUCAUCCGCGGGGCCAAAGACAUUGCCAAGGAAGUAAAAAAGCAUGCGGCCAAGAAAGUGGUGAAGGGCCUUGACAGGGUCCAGGAUGAAUAUUCCCGCAGAUCCUACUCCCGCUUUGAGGAGGAAGAUGAUGCUGAUGACUUCCCUGCUCCUGCUGAUGGCUUUUACCAUGGGGGAGGGGCCCAGGACGAGGAGGAAGGUGGCGCAUCCAGCGAUGCCACCGAGGGCCAUGAUGAGGAUGAUGAGAUCUAUGAGGGGGAGUAUCAGGGCAUCCCCCGGGCAGAGUCUGGGGGCAAAGGCGAGCGGAUGGCGGAUGGGGCACCCCUGGCUGGAGUGAGGGGGGCCCUGGGCGAUGGGGAGGGCCCCCCUGGGGGCCGGGGGGAGGCACAGCGGCGGAAAGAACGGGAAGAACUGGCCCAGCAGUAUGAAGCCAUCCUACGGGAGUGUGGCCAUGGUCGCUUCCAGUGGACACUCUAUUUCGUACUUGGCCUGGCGCUGAUGGCUGAUGGUGUUGAGGUCUUUGUGGUGGGCUUUGUGCUGCCAAGCGCUGAGAAAGACAUGUGCCUGUCUGACUCCAACAAAGGCAUGCUGGGCCUCAUCGUUUACCUGGGCAUGCUGGUGGGAGCCUUCUUCUGGGGAGGCCUGGCUGACCGGCUGGGUCGGAGACAGUGUCUGCUCAUCUCGCUCUCAGUCAACAGUGUCUUCGCCUUUUUCUCAUCUUUUGUCCAGGGCUAUGGCACUUUCCUCUUCUGUCGCCUCCUUUCCGGGGUUGGGAUCGGAGGGUCCAUCCCCAUUGUCUUCUCAUAUUUCUCGGAGUUUCUGGCCCAGGAAAAACGUGGGGAGCAUUUGAGCUGGCUCUGCAUGUUUUGGAUGAUUGGUGGAGUAUACGCAGCUGCGAUGGCCUGGGCCAUCAUCCCCCACUAUGGAUGGAGCUUUCAGAUGGGGUCUGCUUACCAGUUCCACAGCUGGAGGGUCUUUGUCCUCGUCUGCGCCUUUCCUUCUGUGUUUGCCAUCGGGGCCCUGACCACCCAGCCCGAGAGCCCCCGCUUCUUCCUGGAGAACGGGAAGCAUGAUGAAGCCUGGAUGGUGCUGAAGCAGGUUCAUGACACCAACAUGCGAGCGAAGGGGCAUCCUGAGCGAGUCUUCUCAGUAACCCACAUUAAGACAAUUCAUCAGGAGGAUGAGUUGAUUGAGAUCCAGUCAGACACAGGGACCUGGUACCAGCGCUGGGGGGUCCGGGCCUUGAGCCUGGGGGGGCAGGUUUGGGGGAAUUUCCUCUCCUGUUUUGGUCCAGAAUAUCGACGCAUCACUCUGAUGAUGAUGGGCGUGUGGUUCACCAUGUCAUUCAGCUACUAUGGUUUGACUGUUUGGUUUCCCGACAUGAUCCGCCAUCUCCAGGCAGUAGACUAUGCAGCUCGCACCAAAGUGUUCCACAGGGAGCAUGUGGAGCAUGUGACCUUUAACUUCACCCUGGAGAAUCAGAUCCACCGAGGGGGACAGUACUUCAAUGAUAAGUUCAUUGGGCUGCGUCUGAAGUCAGUGUCCUUUGAGGAUUCCCUCUUUGAGGAGUGUUAUUUCGAGGAUGUCACAUCCAGCAACACAUUUUUCCGCAACUGCACGUUCAUCAACACUGUGUUCUAUAACACCGACCUGUUUGAGUACAAGUUUGUGAACAGCCGUCUGGUGAACAGCACAUUCCUACACAACAAGGAGGGCUGCCCACUAGAUGUGACAGGGACAGGUGAAGGCGCCUACAUGGUGUACUUCGUCAGCUUCUUGGGGACGUUGGCCGUGCUUCCUGGGAAUAUCGUGUCUGCCCUGCUCAUGGAUAAGAUUGGCAGGCUCCGAAUGCUUGCUGGCUCCAGCGUGAUGUCCUGUGUCUCCUGCUUCUUCCUGUCUUUUGGGAACAGUGAGUCUGCCAUGAUCGCUCUGCUCUGCCUCUUUGGUGGGGUCAGCAUUGCAUCCUGGAGUGCACUGGAUGUGUUGACUGUUGAGCUCUACCCCUCAGACAAGAGAACCACAGCGUUUGGCUUCCUGAAUGCCCUCUGUAAGCUGGCAGCUGUGCUGGGGAUCAGCAUCUUCACAUCUUUUGUGGGAAUCACCAAGGCUGCCCCCAUCCUCUUUGCCUCAGCUGCCCUUGCCCUUGGUAGUUCUCUGGCCCUGAAGCUGCCUGAGACCCGGGGGCAGGUGCUGCAAUGAGGUCGUCUCUGGGGCUUCGAGGGUGGCAGGCACACUGUGAGACCAACAGCUCCUCCUUCCCCCUCCCUGCUCUGCCAUCCCAGCCCCCAGAGCCCUCACUCCCCACAGCCCUGUUUGGUGUCUUAGCUGUGUGUGUGUGUGUAUUUGUUGUGCACGCAUGUGUGCAUGUGUGUGACCCCGUGGGCAGGGACUGCAGGGAAGGUUCCUUCAUCCCAGUUUUGGGAUGUAGCUCUAUCCCCGCCUCCUACCACCCUUGACUGCACAAGAGAAGGCUUGAUCCUAUCCUUCUCCCCCAGUGUUAGUGAGGGACCCUCAUUCUUCCUGGCUGCAGGAGCUCCAGGUCAGGCUUCCUGCCUCCCCCCUCAUUCUCUCUGCCUAGGCCCUGGCAAAGUCUCAGGCAUGUGGUCAUGCUGGUGGCUGGGGCUUGGUGUAGGCCAUGGACCAAAAGAAAUUACUUAAGAGUUAAAAGGGCCUCAGGUGCUCUCUCACACCUCUUGUUGGAGGUUGGAGGAGUAAGCAAUAAACCUCAGCCCCCUGGCCUCCACUUCACCCUCAGUUUGGGCUACAAGAAGCCUGAGUUUUAUGAAAUUUGCUGAUUCUUAUUUAUUUGUAUAUUAAGUUCUGAGGCAGCUCAGCUGUGUGUGUGUGUGUGAAUGCCCGUGUACCCUGAUAUAUGUGCGUGUAUGUGCUGUGGGGUAGGGUUGUCACUAUACUCUCCUAAAAUAUAAGCCAACAUUUCAACAGACACACACAAUCCUACUUCCCAUAGUAUGUCCCCCAAUCUUGUUUCUGUGCCACACCUGGGAGGGAGGAGCGCUAGGCCAGGCUAGGAAAAGAGUUGAUUCAUCUGGGGAGCUCUGAGGGCACGUGAGGUCCAUCUCCCCUUCUCUCGAAAAGCACAGGCCUCCUCUAGAGUGAGAAGCUGCACCUGCUAGAGCACAGGCAAGGUAGCACAGCUGCCAUCCCAUGCCCAACCUGUGCACUCACAGGCAGAUGAGCAAGGGAGGGAAAGAAACCAGGCAUGUAGUCAAACCAGCACAUCACAAAGCACAAGGAGCUGCAGCAGGGGCAGGAAACAGAGGCCCUCCCAGCAACUCCUCUGAAAUUGGAAGAGGUUGGGCAGUGAGCCAGGGACCCUUAAUGCAGGGACCAGAAGCCUCAGUUUCCCUACCUCACCCUUCCCACAUGAUAGCUCCUGUAAGUUAAGCUGCCCCUGCCCCAUCCUACUCCAUGUGGCUGCUUUCUUUGGUGCCCCCUGCCCUCUACCGUAGCUGUGAUGUGUUGUAGUUUUUAGCUGUUUGUAAAACAUUAAAAGAAGUGAUAACUAUAACAAAAAAAGAAAGUCCAAAUUCACCCUCCACAUGCUGCACCUGGUGCCCCUACUCUAUGGUCAUUCCCCCCUUUUGUAACACUGAACCAGGUGGUGACUGUUUAACUCUUUGGUGUCUGUGCUCAAAGGACUGCCUUCUCCUCCAGUGGCCAGUGUAUGAAUGUGUGCCCCAUUCCUCUCUCUUCACUUGCUGAAUGCAGCUCUGUUCCCUGCACCCCCUGGAGGGACUUAUCCCUCUCCUCUGCUCUCCUGGGGACCCCUAAACCGUACUCUGUUGCUGUGAAAAUGAAAUGACAAAUAUUGGUGAAAAAUAAAAAGGAAACAAAUUCUUGAAA